AUGGCUGGAAGUAAUCGGUACCUGGUUGGAAUAUUUGGUGGAGUUGGUGCUGGAAAAAAACUCCUCUCCGAAACCCUCACCAGACACCUCCGUGAUCCACGCAUCGAAAUUUUUCAUACUUUUCACAAAACCCCACCCCCAGCUCACCUGGACUACCGAAUCUACAUCGACCGCCCGUUCGAUAAGCUCCUGGAGAAAUAUGUUCUAAACCUCCCGGUGAAGUCUCUGAUCGACAAAAAAGUGCUGGAAGAGAAUUUAAAAGAGUUCCGGCGGUUUCAUAUGGAAAAUGUGGUGCUGCAGAAGGUUCUGGCGGAUUUUUGGUUCACAGGGGAGGCGGAGGAUGACAAAAUCCAUCAGUUGGCUAUGGAAAUAAUGAGAAAACGAAGGAAUUUUGAUGAGGAGGAAAAUGUGAGAAUCUAUCUGGAAGCAAAUCAUGGAAACGGUGGAAAAAACCAUCCGGACAAGUUGAAAGCAAGGAAUUCAAUUAUUUUUUGA